ACAAUUGCCACUAAAUGAGAAAAUUAAUUCAUAUGACAACACCUACGAUUACUUAAAAUCGGUUGAAAGAUGGCCUUUGUGCGUUGGUACUCAGAUUGACGACAAUAAAUUUUGUAAAGGUGUGAUUAUUGGUGAUGAUACUUACGAAAGAAAUCAACAGUACCCAAGAUGUAAAUCUUGUCGAAUAUUACGAAAUCGUUUGCAGAACCGUAAUUCCACUUCAACUCUAUUACAAAAAAUGGCAGAAGCAAAACGGCGCGCUUCAAAUCUUGUACAUAAAUGCAAGCGUCUGAAGAGGACGACCCCUUACGGAACUGUGAAAAAAAGACAUUGGGAAGCGGUAUUAGAGGAAGAGAAUUAUCGUCAGCCUAACUUAAAAAUCGCUUACAAGUUAACACCAGCGCAUUUGAAACCGAAAGGUUUUCAAGUAAUGAAUGUUCCUCUUGCAACUGAAGUGUUUGGUCACGAAAUUUCGGUCGCCAUGGCUCACUAUCAACCCUAUUGCGAGGAAUUGAAGGAUUCAACUGCAACACAAAAAUUUAUUGAUCUUGUAUUCAAUUUGAUACAAGCUAUGUCUUCGCGUAUACCAAGAGAUGCUCUGUACGUGAAUGAAAAUUGCAGACGAAGAAAGGCGAUCCAGGAAUUUUUAGAAUUCCUUGCAGACUGGGAAAAGCUCGAAAAAAAAAUACCUGUGUCAAGGAGCACGUUAACUGGAUUAAAAGUAACUUGUAAAGUUUUGUGAUACAACAAAUUGUAGACUUGUGAUACAAUUUACAUAUU